AUGGUUGAGUUCGUGCAGUCAGAUAUUGCAUCCGAACCGACUACCCUGACAUCCUGCUUACUGGAGGGUUUUAGGCGCUUGAUUCCCAAUACAUACACAUCCGGACCUCGAAUGGGCUCACUGACAGGCAAUUUUAAAGCUGAGCUUCGUUCAAUUCCCAUUCGCACUUCGAGACUUCUGCCAGUAUGGCGACUACUUCCUUCAGUCGUUGUGCUUGGUGUGGGUCAGCAUAUCAUUCGAAGCGUCGUGUGCUUUGGAGUUGCUUCGUACCUCAAGCGAGACGAGGAGUCUGAGCAGUUGGAUGCCGAGGCAACUGACUCGCGAUCUAGAGUGCCCGACGAAGAAACAUGCAAGACCUUGCGAUUUCCGCUCGCAUUGAUGACGCGGUUAGACUCUGCACCCUAA